GUCAGCCCCCACUGGAUUUCACCGAUCAGUACUGCGCAUAGGAAAAUAGGCUCUGCCCAGCAGGGCCAGCAGUUGCGGCCGAAGGGAGGACCGGGGCGUCUUGGGCCUGCACCCGUGGCACCUCGACACAUGGCUGAAGAAUAUGUUCCGUGCCUUGACAGCUCGGCAGGCUCUUAGAUAUUGGAACGUUCGAUAUCUGAUGCCAUCAUCCCUAUCAGUCCCGUGUGGCUUGGCUUCUACUUUACGAACACGGGCCUUGUCAACGUGGUUCGACGCUGGCCCGAAAACGUUCGAUUUGGUUGUUCAUCGCCAUAGUUCCACUUGUUGUAGCCAAACCAGCGAACAUCCAUCCGGGGUGGAAUGCCCAGAGAACGGACCCUCCCGGCGACUUGAGCCGCCAGGGCCAUUAACGGGGUAUAUCCUGAAUAGCAAGUGGGGUGCAGAUGAGGUUGACGAAGACGACAAGCAUUGCUUUUAGGGACUUCUUGAUCCUCCUUGCCUCCCACGUUCUUCAACUGCGUUGCAGGCAGCCAGGGCCAUAUUCCCAUGAACCUCGAGAUGGGUUCCCCUGGCCCCUGUGGAGGAACGUAAAUCUAGGGAAUUAUCAA